CGUCAGCGGUCGACGUGGCUGGCUGACGCAUUUUGCUCUUUUUCCUCAAAUUCCAAGGUUCGUUUAAGAGGUCGAUUUCUUUACGGGAUAUGUAGACUUGUUUCUAUGCUUGGGCAAGUAGAAUGCUUGUAAGGUUUAUUUGAUUAUCUGAAAUACCUAAAUAUUCUAAAUUAUAUUCACAUUUGAACUAAUACAUUUAACUUGAAUUUGGAUGGAGUUUCUUGCGCUAGUCUGCUGCGAAACUUCUAGAGCUGUGGGCCAUUGUCGCUUGCAGUCGCAUCUGCUACUUUGAAUCAAUUCCUUUUCAAGUAGGCAAAAGGAAGCUGCAAGCCGAAACUUUGUUGUAGGCUACAAAAAUGCCAAGUAAUGAAGUGAAGCAAAGGAAGAAGACCACGGCUCAGAAACUAAAUGACGAACCGGUUGAAACUUCAAAGUACACUUCCGAAGAUGAAGCGAAAUCUACCGAAGGAAAUAGCGUGGCUGAACGUAAAAGCUCCUCGCCGUCCUCCCUGGAUGUGAAAACGAUAACUUGUCUACUGUCACUGAUAGUUUGCAUAGUGCUUACAUGGUUUGUAUUGCAGCAGAAUGCAAGAUUCUUCGACGUGGAAGAAAAGUACAAACUACUGUCUGGGAAGACUGCAAGUCUCCUUGAAAUGGAGGAGGAAGUCAUCAAGGUGUCCAAGAAGUGCGAGGGUGUCCAGAGCCUGUUGGAGCAUCUAGAGAGGCAGCCUGGUGGUCUCCUGCCCCACUUGGAGGCCCUGGAGCGGGAUGUAAGCCGGCUGAAGGACUGGGCGUCCGGCCUAACGGAGAAACGCGGCCUGCUCCAGGACAGCGUGGCAGCACUGACCGAGGCUGUGGGACAAAUCGAGGGACGGACCUUUGCCAUCACUAAGGAUGUCAACACUAAGGUGGCGUCGGUGAGGACAGACGUGCGUCGGAUGGAUGGGCUCCAGUCGGAGGUGGAGUCUCUCCUGGAGAAAGUACGGGAGCUGGAGGAGCGGGCCGCCCAGGCCGAACGCAGCAUGGUCAAACGUAUCGGCGACCUGCUGGCCGGCAGCAUCGACCGCAUCCAGGACCUCAAGGGUGCCACGGAGCGCAACGCCCAAGCCCUGGAGCAGCUCAAACGCCGCCUACCUGAACUGUUCGCCAACGACCGGCAGAUCUCGGAGCGCCUAAGGGAGCUGGAAAGCGGCCGCGCCCGAUUGGUCCGCACGGUGACCUUCGCCGGCGACCUCAAGCCCAAGGUGGCGGCCAUCAAGCGGGACUUCGGGGCGCUGGCUCCGCAGGUGGAUGAGCUGACCCUGAGGAUUGGCCGUCUGGCCGAGGAUCUGACCAAGAGGGAGGAGGACAUCGCAGAGCUACGGCAGACAUUCUCUAACCUCAGCGCUGUGGAGGAGGACCUAGGAGUUGUGACACAGCAGUUGAGUCAGAUAGUUGAGCCUGAGAUGCCCGUAGUGGGAGGAGAGAUGCUUUUGCAGAAAGUCAACAUGAUUGAAGCCCUCCCUCAGACACUGGAAGGAGAGCUGUGAAUGAGUGCUUUUCUAUAUGCUAUAGAUCUACAGAGUAAAUGGCAAACUUUCAGCUUGUCACCAAUCAUUCCCUUACAAUAAACGGCAAAUUUUUGAGAAUCUGAAAUCAGAGUUUGCUGAUCUUUCUGUACACCCAUGGUCAACCCCACCUAGCCCUUGCAACAGGUACUUCUGGAUCCCCUCCCCCAGAGAUCUUGAUUAAUGUGAGCAAUAUGGUGGAACCCACAGAGGAACAGGUUACUCCCCCUAUAAUGUACAUUUCAGUAUACUUUCCAUUGACUGUAUACCUAUACAGAUCUUUAGGGGGUUGAGAGGUAAAUCCUAGGGGUUAGGUUGAGACUAACUGGGCCUUUUAUCUAGAAUGCUGACUAACGUAUGUUGCUUUACAAAUUGUAUCCUUGAAUGAACCUGUCCUAUGAGUAAGUUGGCAUUUAUUGCGAGGAAUCUUGUCCUAAGGCGGAGCUGAGCAAUUUCCACUAGAAGGGCCAGUAGCAAAGUCAAAUUCUCUAUAUAGCGUCAAAAUUCAGGAAAACAAAAAUGUGCUUGUUGGAAUUCAUUUAAGGUUAGGGAUAAGGUUAGUAGUGUGGUUAGGGUUAGGGAUAAGGUUAGUAGUGUGGUUAGGGUUAGGGAUAAGGUUAGUAGUGUGGUUAGGGUUAAGGAUAGUAGUGUGGUUUAGGUUAGGUUUAAAAUCAGAUUUUAUGGCUGCGCCAGCUAGUGUCUACCCUGCAGAGCUGCCUCCAGUACAUGAGUCAUCCCAAUAAAUGCCAACCUGUGUCCUAGGAGACUGGAAUGUUAUUUUUUGAGAAAAAUGGCAUCAAUCAUGGUGAAUGAGAGGUCUUGCUGAUCCACAGUUUUGGAAUGUGAGCAGUCUCUGGAACAAUUUCCCCCUUAUCAGUUGUCAGUCUGGCCAGUGGGUGGGUUGUAACAACACUGCUUGACCCCUGUGUGACCUGCACACGGGUAUGUAAUCUCAGGCUAAGUGGCCUGUUCAGGAGGAAUGUUAUGUUACAAUAUGAUUCUGUUCUGUCCAAUAAGGAAUGAUGUCAGCGCUAUACAUUCUACCUGCAAUGUUCUCAAUAGUUCACAGUGCUGAAUACAUGCCCUGGGGUUUCACAUGGCUAGCUAGUCUUGCUAGUUUCUACAUCUCUCUGCCAUGAAUCGAAAUGAGUCUGUGGUUUAAAGGUAUAGGGACCUUAAAUAGAAUACUGAAUGCUGCAGCCUGCAAUGCAAUGUAGCUUUGCCUGUGUUUACACCAGGGUGUGCAAUCUGUCACCAGGAGUUUAUUCAAUGGGGCUGACUGCAGAGCAAUGCAGGUAGAAAUGUGUGACAUAGAGCUGUGAUUCAUGUCAGAGAGUUGUUUCUGUUCUGUGUUUAACAUUUUCAUCUGCAACAUUGCUGACUCUGCACUCCUCUGGAAAAAAAAAACCUUGGGCUUAUUCAGUGGGUUGCCGUAUGUUCUGAUAGAAAUAUGUUGUGUAGAACAAACAUGACGAUCUUGUGGGAUAGGGUAGCAUGCCAAUCUAUUGAUUGCUUUUCUAGGGCUACUCCGCUGAGUAAGCCUCCAGGUGUUUUACAGGAAAUGUAUGUCUGAAGGAGGAAGUAUGUAUCGGAGCCAAACAAUGAGCUGACAACCUCAUAGCCAAUCACCAAAGGCCAAUCACAACUUGUUUAACAUGCACAUUGGCAUGUCAUCUCUAAAGGUAGAGUUGAACCUACACAUACCUGGAUUUGCUCAACGACAACCAGACAGGGCGCAGAUUGCAGCUGGUCUUUGGGUAAAGAGUGUGGACACCAUUCCACUGUUUUAACUAGAGCUAAUUACAUGUACAGAUCACACCACAUGUAUUUACUGUCUCCAUUCCUUGAAACUGUCACAACCCCAUUGUAGUGGUGUUAGGACACUGCAGAGAUCGUGUUUUAAAGCCUUGGAUAUGUUGUUCUUCGUGUGAGAGGGAUGUGCUUAAUAAAUUGUCAAUUUGAA